UGUCAUCAUGGCGUCCUCCAGUGCUCCGAGAGGCAACGUGAUAACUCUUUAAAAUGAGCAACUUUUGGUUAACUUGGACAACCAACAUCUGUAUCAUCUAAUUUCAACAAACUGUACUUGGAAAAAAUACGACUGCACUCACGGAUAUAUUUACUCAGAGACAAAAAGUAUUUUGUGAUUGACAUAGAGAUGGCUUCAUUUAAACCCACAAAAAUCCAAGUCUAUCCCAAACUUGGAGAGAAAGUAACACAAGACACACUGUACUGGAAAAACUACAAGACGCCGGUCCAGAUAAAAGAAUUUGGAGCGAUCACAAACAUAGAUUUUUCCCCGGUGGCUCCACAUAACUUUGCUGUGACAGCAUUCACAAGAAUCCACAUAUACGGGCCAUUUUCCCAGGAGCCUGUGAAGACAUUUACACGGUUUAAGGAGACUGCAUACUGUGGGAGGUUCAGGUCAGACGGUCAGCUGCUUGUGGCGGGAUGUGAGGACUCUGUGGUCCGGCUGUUUGAUGUCAGUGGCAAGGUGGCAAUCAGGAUGUUCAAAGGGCACUCAAAGGCUGUACAUGUCACAGACUUCACCUCAGACCGGUACCAGAUCCUCACAGGGUCAGACGACUACACCUGUCGACUGUGGGACAUCCCAAAUGCCACAGAGCUCAACAGCUACCAAGAACACACAGAUUACAUCCGCUGUGGUGUCACGAGCAAACUCAGCAGAGACCUCUUCAUUACCGGAUCUUACGACCACACACUGAAGCUGUUUGAUGCCAGAGUGGAUAAGAGUGUGAUGACCAUGGACCACGGCCAGCCAGUAGAGAGUCUGCUUCUCUAUCCUUCUGAGGGACUCCUCGUCUCUGCAGGAGGUCGCUAUGUGAAGGUGUGGGAUCUGCUUAAAAGAGGACAGCCUCUGGUGUCACUGAAGAAUCACCACAAAACUGUCACCUGUUUGUGUCUCAGCAGCAAUGGAGAGAGACUGCUGUCAGCCUCUCUGGACAGGCAUGUAAAGGUGUAUAACACAACCAACUACAAAGUGGUGCACAACUUUGACUACUCUGCCUCCAUCCUCAGUCUGGCUUUAGCUCCAAAUGAUGAGUCCAUUGUGGUGGGUAUGACCAACAGUAUUCUGAGUAUUAAACACCGGAAAAACCCUGAAGAGUCAAAAGGCAUCCCUGGACAACAGAGGCGACGGCCGUCAUACCGUGUUUUUGUGAAGGGGAAGAAUUAUGUCCCUAAACAGGAUGAUUAUCUUGUCAGCAAGCCAGUCAGACAGCAUUUGGCUAAAUAUGACAAGCAACUCAAGAAAUUCAAUGUAUCGAAGGCUUUGGAUACAGCUCUGGAGACAUGGACAAGACUGCGAAAGCCUGAGGUUACGGUUGCUGUUAUAAAGGAGCUGGAUCGAAGAGGAACGUUGAAGAACGCACUGGCAGGAAGGGAUGAACAAGGACUUACUCGGUUGCUUAACUUCCUCAUAGGGAACUUGGUUGACCCCAGGUUUGCUCCGGUCCUCACAACAGCUGCCGAGAAUAUCCUGGACAUCUAUCAGUCAGUAAUCGGCCAGUCACCAGUGGUGGACCGUCAGCUGCUGCGUUUGCAGCAGCUGGUGGAGACAGAGAUUGACUACCAGCAGGAACUCCUGGAGGUGCUGGGCAUGUUGGACGCAAUGUUUGCCUCCUCCCUCCCCAGGAAGGAGGUGCCGUGCCCUGGCAUCAGCAGGGCUAACGGCCUAGCUCAGGGAGAAGAGAGUACCUCGAGACCACAGCUUCAGGCCACCUGAGGCUCGCAUGGAAGAAAAACUGCUUUAGACUGGGUUAGAGUGCCUUCACAACUCUGAAAACCUCUUUGAAACAUCAGACACAUUUGCUGACAUGACAGGCUAUAUGUCACCAAACAAACAUUUUGGUACAGGUUUUAAGAGACUGACAAACCCCAUGGUCUCACUCUGAGGUUUUAACUCGGCGUGACUGACAUCAGGCACCAGAGAGAAGAUACAUUUACUGUGUGAAGAAUCUCUGAAUGUGUGAAUGGUAAAGUGAGGCGUUGUUUUUAUUGGAAGUCUUGUAAUUACACUUUCAAAUGUAAAUGUGGUGUAUGUGUGUGUGUUUGGAUGAUUUGACUGUUAAUGUCUGCUUGUUUUGUUUUCAUAAGAUUUGGCAUUGGUAAAUGUUUUAUAAGCAGAUAUAAAUAAAUCUUUGUAAUAGUGAAA